AAUAUGUUAAUCAUAAUAAUAAUAAAAUAUGUUUCAUACAAAUAUACAUGUCAAAAUAUAAAUUUAAAAGAUAUAUUAAGAAUGAAACGGAAUGGCUUAUAAAUAUACUAGUAUCGUUUGAAUCCAAAAUACCAGUAAACUAUAGCAAUGGAAGUUCAUCUUCCCAAACUUGUUAUCCUAACUUUGAUUCCAAUAUUCUUACCACUUUCAUCCUCCUCCAAAACCUAUACAAGUUUAACUCAAGGUUCAUCCCUCUCUUCACCCCAUGACGUGUUGGUCUCAUCACCAAUGGGCAUUUUCACCGCCGGUUUUUACGCCGUCGGCGAUAACGCCUACUGUUUUUCCAUCUGGUUCACUCACGCUCGUGAGGCCAACGGAAAUCAAACCGUGGUUUGGAUGGCGAACCGGGACCAACCGGUGAGCGGCAAACACACGAAGCUGUCUCUCUUGCACUCCGGCAGCCUCAUCCUCCGAGAUGCCGGUCAGCUCACUGUGUGGACCAGCGGCACCGCAUCCGCCGCCGAGGUGGUAGUGCUGAAGCUCCACGACAACGGCGAUCUCGUUCUCCGCAAUGAAAAAAACACCUCUCGUGUAAUAUGGCGAAGCUUCGAUUCACCGACGCACACUCUUCUUCCCGAGCAAGCACUCACCGCGAAAGCGGAGCUGGUCUCAUCGAGAAGCCUCACGAAUCAAUCCUCCGGCUUCUACAAGCUCUACUUCGACAACGACAACGUCCUUCGUCUCAUGUACUCCGGAUUUGAGAUGACGAGCGUGUUCUGGCCGGUGCCGUGGAAAAACAGCUGGGAAGCAGGCCGAUCCACCUACAACAGUAGCAAAACCGCCGUGCUUGAUCUGUACGGCAGAUUCUCCUCAACGGAUGAUUUCAAGUUUAAUACGUCGGACUUGGGCGUGGGGCCUCGGAGAAGGAUGAAGUUGGAUGUUGAUGGCAUCGUUCGGGUUUACUCCUUAAACGCGCGCCGAAACACGUGGGAAGUUACCUGGCAACUCCCGAUGCAGCCAUGCAAUAUUCACGGCAUCUGUGGUGCUAACAGUUUGUGCAAUUACAGUCCUGCCUCGGGCCGCCGCUGCUCUUGCUUACCGCGCUACAAGCCUAAGGACAGCAGCGACUGGUCGCAGGGAUGCGUGCCGGAUUUUGAUCAAACCCCGUGUAAGAAUAACGCUAGCGAUGACGUUUUCUCGCGUAUUAACCACGCAGAGUUUUAUGGUUACGACAUUGGCUUCUUCCAGAACCAGACCUUGGAACAGUGCAAGAACCGCUGCUUGAGUUACUGCGAAUGCAAAGGCUUCCAAUACAAGUUCGAUCCGGACAGAGGUUUUUACAACUGCUACCCCAAAACACUUUUGUUCAACGGAUAUCAAUCAUCAGGAUUCGAAUAUUGGAUAUACCUUAGAUUGCCUCCAGCAUCAGAUGAGACCAAGCUCGUCCAACUCCAACUCCAGUGCACCAACCCCGUCGUGGAAAUCCAAAGACCAUACACGAGGAAGAACAAACACGGUUGGUUGAGGUCAUUGGCAUGGUGCGUGGGUGCGCUUGGUGCGCUUGAGUUGGUGUGCGUGCUGCUAUUCUUGUACAAGACGCGCGCAAGUGGUAAGAAGCUACGCGAGCAAGGUUACUUCCAGGUGGCCACAGGGUUCACGAGGUUCACAUACGCCGAGCUGAAGAAGGCGUCGCGUAAUUUCAGUGAAGAGAUUGGGCGGGGAGGCAGCGGCGUGGUGUACAAAGGCGUGUUGUCGGAUAACAGAGUAGCAGCAAUCAAGCGCCUCAAUGAAGCCAACCAAGGAGAAGCAGAGUUUCUUGCUGAAGUCAGCCUGAUAGGGAGGUUGAACCAUGCCAAUUUGAUCGAGCGUUGGGGCUAUUGCGCAGAGGGGAAGCACAGAUUACUUGUUUAUGAGUACUUGGGGAAUGGAUGUUUAACAGAAAAUCUAAGGUCCAAGAAACUGGAUUGGAGAAAAAAGUUUGAAAUAGCAGUAGGGGUUGCAAAAGGGUUGGCAUAUUUGCACGAAGAGUGCUUGGAGUGGGUUCUGCACUGCGACGUUAAGCCACAUAAUAUACUUCUGGAUGAGAAUUACCAGCCAAAGGUGGCGGAUUUCGGGUUGUCUAAACAGCUGAAGAGAAGUGAAGUUGAGAAUUUGAAUGUGUCGACGAUACGUGGUACGAGAGGUUACAUGGCGCCUGAAUGGGUGUAUAAUUUACCCAUAACUGCAAAGGUUGAUGUGUAUAGCUAUGGGAUCGUCGUGCUUGAAAUGGUGACGGGAAAGAUCCCUAAUUUUGAUAGUGAUCAAAAUGGUGGAAUUUUGGAGAGAGAUGAAGGGGGGUCGUCGUCGGUUUCAAACUGGAUUGACCAAAUCGUGGAAUUGGGUGAAUAUGAUGUGGCUGGGUUGGAGAAUCUAAUAAAAGUGGCGUUGCAAUGUGCACAAGAGAAUAGAAAUGCAAGGCCUACUAUGGCACAGGUCGUCGAUAUGUUGCUUGCUCAUUAGAUUUAGAUUUAGAAUGGUCUGGUAAUCGAGUUUCGUAACUUUUGUAUUUUUAUUGACAUUCCCAAUUGUAGAAUAAACUUGAAGUCCAAUUUUAUCUUA